UCAAUGUCAUUGUCAAUUUUCUGUCAACUGUUAAUGUCAGUUGUGUCGUGUCGUAUGCGUAUCGUAGUUUUUUUAUAUGCCCGUUUUCUUUGUAAGUAAUUGUAAGUUGCGUGAAGUUGUAAAUAGUUAAGCGAAUAUCGCACACGUUUAAAUUUGAUUUCGUCCACAUGAGUUCGUAAGCAUAUGAACUUCAUACAUCAAAGCACCCGUUAGUUUUAUGACUCGCGCAUUAUAACUUGUACAGAGUUAUAAUUUUUCAAGUGGAGUGAAUUAGUCGCUAUUAAUUUAUAAAGCACAUGCGUCUUCCGAGUAUAGUGUUCAUUUAAUUGGCAGUAAGUUGUGUAGUUAUUGAAAAUGGUUGAGGCUAGUAAACUGUGGUUCGAGACUGCAUGCAGUAGUUGUAAGUGCCAUGAGCUGAUACACCCAUGGACAUAUCGGUGUUCGGAUGCCACUAGAACCAUGCUGAUAAGCUGUACCAAAGGCAGCUAUAAAUUCUAUGCCAUGAUCUACCUUGUACAAAUAUUAAUGAGAGGAAAAAAGCUAGGUAAAAAGGAAAUGAUAGAACAAUUCAAGUUAUAUUUAAAAUCUGGUGUAUUUGGUCUCACAGUGGGAAGCUCAUUUGUUACAUUAAACUGCAUAUUCAGGAGACUGUUCUUCAGUGAGUUCUCGUACUACACAACAGUGCUGCUACCAUGCACAGUCAGUGGUCUUGCAAUAUACUUCGAGCCCCCAUACAGAAGAGUACUGGUUGUCAACCUAUUUGUAAACCUGGUAUUCGAAUACUGGGUGCGGACAUUAGAAAUGAAAGGUUGGCUCCGGCGGUCUGCGGGCAAAGAGACGCUCAUUUUCAUGUUGGGUAGUGCAGUCUUCUUCUAUCUCAUGCGGUUAGACAGGGACAGCGAGAAACGUACGCCUUUGUUUUGGUUCUUCACACCGCCUCGGGUUUCCAAAGAAGUUGGAGAGCCUGUAACGGGAAUCGAAGGGAGAAGUCCUGCCUGCCCCCACAAAGGACCAUGCAUACAUUAUAUUUUAAAGGGCACAGCACAGCUAUUCGGCGUUGGGUGUGCAAUGACGAUGCUGCGAACUAUUUUACCCAAGAUAUUAACACCGGGCAAAGCAUUGAAGUCAUUGAGGCUAUCGCAUAUGAAGUUAGGAGUUUUCUUCGGCGGAUAUAUUGGUAUUUAUAGGCUAGUAGUAUGUCUCCUGUGUCGUGCACACGGGCGAGACAGUGCGAUGUACGCGUUACCGGCGGGCUUCCUCUCCGGGCUGGCGUUUAGAGCGGCGCCAUCCACACCUAUUUCUUUGGCGCCUGUCACUUCAUCCUUACAGAUCCUAGGUUCCUGGGCGUACCAGAAAGGCAUGCUCCCGGCGGACUGGCCGCUGGUGGAGCUCCUGUACUGUGUAUGCCAAGGUUUACUGUUCCACGCGCGAGUGAUGCACGAAGACGUAUGUCCGCGAUACAUCAUUAAUCUGAUGCAUACUGUUACUAGUUCCAAGGCCGACGAAAUCCAGUCAGGAUUUAUACAGAAAAUACUGAAAUUCAUUUGAAUUUAGAUUAAUUGAUUUUUAUACCUGUUAAAAUUUAUGUAACAUUUUGUGUGGCAGGCAUACUUGACGAAAGAUCGAAUACUCCAAGUUAAUUAAUAUAGUCUGAAUGAAAUUAUACAAACUCGAAUAUUUGAAAAAUCUGUGACUUUAUAUUAAGUUGAAUUAAACUUUAUCAAUCCAAAAAGAUAAUCAAUAUAAUACUCGAAUAACAUACGAAUUGUGAUAAAAUAUUUUUUUAAAGUUCAAUGAAUUAUAUCGGAAAGUUACAACUACCAAUAAGACAAAAUGUAUAAGUAUGUACUCUAGAACAUUCGGAGCUAUUAAAAUCAAGAGGAAUUUGAGUAAGUCAAAAUAUUUUUUUUGACACCGUUCCUCGAAUGUGAAAUACUUUCGUUAAGUAUACCCACACUUUUAAGGCGCAAGUCUGUGAUUUAUUUUAAACGGAUGUUUCGCGGUACAGGGUUUAUUUUAAAAUGGGUAUCAUUAAAGGGUUGGUUUUUAAAUAUUAAAAAAUAGUUGGACACGAUGAUACCAUAUCCUACAAUCAAUAUUACAGACAACUGAAUGGUUAAUCAAUUUGUGCACUGAAUAUAAAAGUCAUGUAGCUAGAUCUACAAACUGCGCAAAAAUUAACUCUGCUAUAUGUACCUAUAUGGUAAUUAAAUUUCCAUAAGCAAUAAGUGAGCACAGUAUUUAAAGUAGAAUGUUGAUGUCAUAAAUAGGUCCAUACUUUUUAAUAUACUGAUUAAGAACAGCAAUGUAUGCGCAACGAUGCGCAAUGUAUGCGCAAUAUUUGCGCAAAAUUUUGAUUGAAACAUCUGAUUUACCGUCGAAUAUGUGUCAAAAUACUCGUUAUUAUAAAACAAUAAUUAUUGGCGUGCUUGGAAAAUACAAUUUUAUCUUAAUGAGGCAUGAAAUGAAAAAUAAUUAUCAUUACUAUUUAAAGUAAUGAGUUUAAUCGUUAUCGAAUAUAUCGAUACUUUAAGGAUAUUAGGCAUUAAAUACUCGGCGAAUAUUUACUUAUUAUGAAUACAAAUAAUAUUUUAAAUAUGAAAUUAGGUAGUUUGAAAUACUAAUCUAACCAGAUUUUCUAUCAUUUUUUUCAUUCACACAUUUUAUCCAAAGUUAUGUAGGCUAAUUUGCAAGAGCAUAAGAGCUCUGAAAUCAGAACAAACAACUUUUAUACGGAGUCGCGUUCCGAAGCUAAAUUGAACCUUAAAGUAAGUGCAUUAAGACGUUUAGUCGCGUAGCUAGAGUAGUGCUUACAAUCAGUGCCUGGGUGAUAAUAAUAGUAAUCACUAGGAAAUGUUACAUUAACAUCGAAUAUUAGUAAGUUUAAGGAUAUUUAUUUACUUUUACACUUGUGAGAAUUAUUUUAAUUUUGAUUUAUUAUGAAUUCAUCCACUACAUUGUUCAUGGUCAAAAUAAAUAAGUCAUCGACAAUCGAUGAUUCAUAUUUCACAUCCCUAAGGUGACACAAUAAUUUUCACAAGUGUAAAAGGAAUUAUAAUUAGGCACAAAUUAUCAUAGUUACCUAUAGAAUUCUUUUAUUGUAAUAUCACUUAGAUACAAUUUAUUAUUUAUUACAUUAGAUUUGUAGAAAGUUUAUUCAAUUACUAUUUAUAGAUAUUAUGCUGUGGUCGUAUUUUGACUGCUUACGAUAAUUUCGGUGCAGGUUGCAUUUAAUUCAAGAGUUCAAACAUAAAAUAAUGUAUGGUUCGGAAAAAAAAAAUAAUUCAUACGUAAAUAUUGUUAGUUUUAGUAAAACCUAAGCAUUAUAUUGCCUAAAAUAUAAUCACCGAUGUGCGUGAACCAAUGGUGUGGUACCUUUUUUUUUUAACGACCUCAAAAAUCAUCAAAUGUCCCCUCCCGCUGUGGGUUAGCAGUGGUGAGGGAGUGUCAGACUCUUACUGACUAAAAACCGUCGUGUUCCGUCGUAGGCCUUUUAUGUACCAGGGCCGCGGUAACUCUUUCGAACAACCCGCAGCCCAUGGUGUGGUACCUACGGUGUUGUUUAUAAGUGGCAAACGACAUUAUACUUUAUGCAAUGGAGAUAGGUUCACUUUUCAAAUAAAACCUUGUAAGGGGUGCAAUGUAAUGCUUAGCUAGUACAUAAUUUAAAUCACACUUUAAAAUAGUCUUCCCGUUUUUGUAUCUGUGUGGUGGGUUGAUUUUAUUUAUUCCUAUUAUGUGACUUACAUGAUGAUAUUAAAUAUUGUUUUUUUGAUAAAAA